AGGCGCGUUCCCGACUCUCCGGCGACGCGCACUCUGCACCCCCAGUUUCUGUCUUGCGGGAACUUCACCCAGGUGUGCGGCGAGCUGAGUAAAUGGCGUUGCCCGCGGCCUGCCUCUGAGGAGCCGCGCUGCCCGCCCUACCGGAGAGGAACAGCAAGCACGCAGGAAACGCUCUGGUUUUGAAGGUUACUAAAGAAUUUGACACAUUGGGGAAGUGAGUGGCCCAUUUCACUAAUGCAGAGAUGUUAGCUUAUGUAUAGGAAUCAUCCAAAGCCACAGUCAUGGUGGAUGUAGGAAAGUGGCCAAUCUUCACUCUGCUCUCACCCCAGGAAACUGGAUCUAUCAGGAAAGCAUGUGUCUUUGGUACCUCAGCCAACGAGGCAAUCUAUGUCACUGACAAUGAUGAGGUCUUCGUGUUUGGACUGAACUAUAGUAACUGUCUAGGAACUGGAGAUAACCAGAGCACUCUGGUACCCAAGAAACUAGAAGCUUUGUGUGGAAAAAAGAUCAAAAGCCUUAGUUAUGGGAGUGGCCCCCAUGUCCUCCUCAGCACUGAAGACGGAGUCGUCUAUGCCUGGGGCCAUAAUGGAUACAGCCAGCUGGGGAAUGGGACCACCAACCAAGGCAUUGCUCCUGUCCAAGUCUGUACUAACCUCUUGAUCAAGCAGGUGGUUGAGGUAGCUUGUGGUUCACAUCAUUCGAUGGCUUUAGCAGCUGAUGGAGAGUUAUUUGCUUGGGGUUAUAACAACUGUGGUCAGGUGGGAUCAGGAUCCACAGCAAAUCAGCCAACUCCUCGGAAAGUUACAAACUGUUUACAUACCAAGAGAGUGGUCAACAUUGCGUGUGGUCAGACCUCAUCCAUGGCUGUUCUGGACAGUGGUGAGGUGUAUGGCUGGGGCUACAAUGGCAAUGGACAGCUGGGCUUGGGAAACAAUGGCAACCAGUUGACCCCAGUGAGAGUGGCAGCUUUACACGGCAUGUGUGUGAACCAGAUUGUCUGCGGUUACGCACAUACACUAGCACUCACAGAUGAGGGCUUGCUCUAUGCCUGGGGAGCUAACACAUAUGGGCAGCUGGGAACUGGAAGUAAAAGUAACCUGCUGAGCCCAACACAAAUCAUGGUGGAAAAAGAAAGGGUUAUAGAGAUUGCAGCUUGUCACUCCACCCACACAUCUGCUGCCAAGACGCAGGGUGGCCAUGUAUACAUGUGGGGCCAGUGCCGGGGCCAGUCGGUGAUCCUGCCACACCUCACCCACUUCUCCUGCACUGAUGAUGUAUUUGCCUGCUUUGGCACCCCGGCUGUUUCAUGGCGCCUCCUGUCUGUCGAGCAUGAAGACUUUUUAACAGUUGCAGAGUCACUGAAGAAAGAAUUUGAUAGUCCAGAAACUGCUGAUCUAAAGUUUCGAAUUGAUGGAAAAUAUAUUCAUGUCCAUAAAGCUGUUUUGAAAAUCAGGUGUGAGCACUUUCGGUCCAUGUUCCAGUCCUAUUGGAAUGAGGACAUGAAGGAGGUGAUAGAGAUAGACCAGUUUUCUUACCCUGUGUACCGUGCCUUUCUCCAGUACCUCUACACAGACACAGUGGACCUGCCACCUGAGGAUGCUAUAGGCCUUUUGGACUUGGCGACAUCAUACUGUGAGAACAGACUGAAGAGGCUUUGUCAGCACAUCAUCAAGCGAGGAAUCACUGUGGAGAACGCAUUUUCAUUGUUCUCUGCUGCAGUCAGAUAUGACGCAGAGGAUUUAGAAGAAUUCUGCUUUAAGUUUUGCAUCAAUCAUUUGACAGAAGUUACCCAGACUGCGGCGUUCUGGCAAAUGGAUGGCCCCCUGCUAAAGGAGUUCAUUGCUAAAGCCAGUAAAUGUGGAGCCUUUAAGAACUGAAGCCAAGGUUGCUGGGCUAGGUGUGAGAGCUCUGGGGCACUGUGGGUGAGGUGAUUCUGCAGGUAAAAUCCCACGUCAGAGACAGUGCUCUGUAGGAAUAUAUGAAGGAGAUUUGGUUCUUGUCAGUCUGUUUUUUACAACUCUUGUUUCUAGAUAUGUAUAUUUUACAUGUGUUUUUCUUACAUUUGAUUGAACAUUGGGAAAGGAUGGAGGUUAACAUGCUUUUGUUCGUUUAAUUUUAUUGAGAAGACUUUUUGAACUUGGAUUAAGAAAGUCAGCAAAAAAAUCCCUGGACCUUUGGUCACAAUUGUUCCCACACGGCCUGCCCACUGCUCCCUGAUUGCUGCUCACAGUCACCAACCUCUGUGGGCACAUCAGCACUGUGGGGGGCUCUUAAGGAAUAUUCUGAAUAUGCAUUAAACCCACUUAAACAGUUAAGAAAUAUUUGGGUUCGCUGAGAUACUCUUAAGGCAUAGGCACCUAGGGGUGGAAAGAUGGCUCAGCAGGUAAAGGCUCUUAUCACUGAGCCUGAUGACUUCACUUCAGUCACCAGGAUCCACAUGGUGGUAGGAGUCAGCAGACUUCCAAGUUGUCCUCUUACCACAACACUUGUUCUAUGACCACAUAGCGGCACACAAUAAAGGAGAAGAAGAAAUCAAAGAUUUAGGUACCUAUAGAGAAGUAACUAGAAAUACCUGUGACAAGCUGAUGGUAAAAAAAGCUUUGUUUGGGAGAGGAGAGUGUUAUGGAAAUUAAAGGCUCCCCUGAUUACCCAACAGUGCUUCACUAGGGUUCUGUGUGAGACCAGGUUCCACACUACCCUCGUCUUCUCCCUAUAAUUACUCACAAACACACUCUACAUGGCUGCUCUUUUCUGACUUGACAUGAUUGUUAAAACCACCCUCCUUACAGGACUCCAUAGAAUGCUCACUGUUUUGGGUGGUGGGAGGAGUCUGGGACAAAUUCCAUCAAAACUUACUUGAAACUUCACCUCUCCAGUUUUGGUUUUUCCUUUCAAUAAUUGUGUUAGGGAUACUUCUGUCAUAUGUUAAGCUAAUGCUCCCUGGUCAUGCUUUUCCUGAAAAGGUCAUUUGUAAAAGACUACAUCAGGGUGGAUGUUGACUGAGGCACAAAGAUAGGCAGGGGUGUUGAUAGACAAGAAAAUAGGAACUAGAGCUCAAAGCAGUCUUCCUGAUCAGGUCACAGCUGUUGCCUGGUGCAUCAGUGAGUGACAACUGCCUCCUCAGUGACAGUUUCCUGCCCAGGAUGAUGCAUGGACAUAAUUUGAUUUGCCAUAGGAGAUCAUCUGUAGAACCACAGUCCUGUAGACUUAGGGCCUCAAAGCAGUAACUUUAGGAAGUUUACUGGUGUUCUUACUUGAAAAACUUCUUCACAAAAAAAGCACAAAUUACAGCUGCAAACCCACACCCAUAGACAGUUCACCUGACAAAAACGUACUGAGUUCCUGAUACAGCUGAAGACACACUUUUAGGUUACUGAGCAGCUAGAGUGUGUGUGUGUGUGUGUGUGUGUGUGUGUGUGUGUGUGUGUGUGUUAGUGAAAGAAAAGACCGUUAAAAAGGGUUUGCAUAUUUUUUUUAUUGCAAUCUUUUUAUUUUUCUACUUGGUUUUGGUUAUAAUCAUAGAAAACAAAAAACUAUUCUUGAAAUUAAUGUUUUCUUCUGAUGUAAUAAUGGAAGCCAGAGAUGUCACAUUUCUUAAAAGAGCCCAAACUGUAUCCUUGAAGUUACUGGAACCAGUUUUUAUACUUUAGUAAUUAGAAUGCAUUUAUGUAAUUUCUUGAUUGACAUGCUAAUAAACAAUCUCUUAAGGCACA